AUGCCGUCAGGACUUGAUUUUUAUUCAUAUCUUUAUAAGGAUCUCGAAAAAAUGCAGUCUUCCAAGAAAAUAUUUCUGGCAAGGUUUUUAGAAGAAAAGAUAAAACAAGCAAGCGCGUGGUAUUAUACGUUGGACUAUUAUAUGGAUCGACUGAUUGAUAUACUAAUUUAUGUGAAUAUCAAAUCAGAAAUCAGAUUAUCAAGAAAUUAUUUCUUAAUGAUGAGCAAAACACAAAAAAUACAAAAAAUACGAUUUUCUCGACCUUUUUCGACAAGUCAACUUUCGUUUUAUGCAUUUAAGGACAGAAGUCGACCCAAUAUAGAAAUUCUUUUGAAAUCUCGGACAGAUACGCCUCAUAAAACUAAAAAUAUUAAUCACUCUAAUAAUUCAAUUUUCUCGUCAAAUUUCAACAAAUCUAUUCCUGUAGCAACAGAAUUACACAACUAUUCCUUAAAAUCUCCCACAAUUUUAAAACCAUCAUCAUUAGCAAAAAUGGAAAUUCUCGCAAGAUCAAAUCGUACACGUUUGAACACUAUCAGUACAAAUUCUUCUUCAAAUAAAGUCACAAGUCAUGUUGAUAAUGUUCCAAAGGGGUUCUUUAAAAUUACAUUACGUCGUUCGACAAUAGGAAUGCCUAGAAAACUUCGAGCUGUGGUGAAAGCUUUAGGAUUGAAACGUUUAUCACAAACUAUUUAUCAUGCUCAUACACCAAUUAUCGCUGGUAUGAUACUUAAAGUAAAGGAACUUUUAGAAGUAUCGAAUGUAAAAAAAGUACCAACACCUGAAGAAAGAAAGCAUCGUACCGAGCCUGGAUAUGUAAUACUUGAAAGAUAUCAACCUAAUUCACCAGUUUAUCAUAAUUUUAAUAGUCCUAAUAAUCUUAAUAGUUAUAAACUAUAA